AUGGUUUCCUUGAAGGUCGUUGCUCUGACCUUCUUCGCAGCCUCUGUGCUCGCUACUAGAAAAGUUUUCAUCGAUAACGAUGGUUUGACUCCUUUGGAGGUCGUGCUCCCACUUCUUGGAGACAUGGAAAUUGUCGGAAUUUCUGCCAGUUUCGGUGACCCAUCUCUUCCAGACGCAUUGGGAGUUGCAUCCGAUAUUCUUGCAAACUACUCCAUCUCGAAGUGUAUUCCUUUGUAUGCUGGUGCAGAGAAGCCUUUGCUCAGAACGAAGAAGACUUUCGACAUCUGGCAAAUGCUCUAUGGUGAGUUUGUCUGGAAAGGUGCUUGGGCUGAUGACUACGAGGACUCGUACAAAAUCUCCGAGGUGUCCUACAAUGACUCAUUACCUGCUGCCAUGGCCCUCAUUAAUGCCGUGAAAGCUUACCCUGGAGAGGUGGAGAUCUAUGCUGCUGGUUUGAUGACCACCGUUGCUCAAGCCGUGUCCAUGUGGCCAGAAAUUGUCAACGAAGUGAAAGCUUUGUGGAUCAUGGGAGGAUACAUUGAUGGCCAAUACGUUCUGGCAACCGGAGGAGAUCUUGUGGACGACCUUUUCACUGACUUCAACUUGAUGUUUGAUCCAGAGGCAGCACAGAUGGUUUUCACUGCAGGCUUUAAGGAUGUCUACAUUGGAGGUAACGUUACGAACAAUGCUUACCCAUCUCAAGAACUUUUCGACUCGUUAACUUCCAAGUUUGGCUACGAGAACAUCACUACUGAGGACAAGUACUUCGCUAUUUCCAGUUUUGUUGGCAACGACAAUGCUACCGAUGUGUCCCUUCCAUUGUGGGACGAGGUUGUUUCUGCCUUCAUGGCUUUCCCAGACUUGUUGGAAGACACCAUGGAGGUUUGUGUUGGUGUUGAUACCUCUUUUAACUCGCCAUUCUAUGGAAACUUGAGAAUCUGGCCUGCCAACCUUGCUCCAACUAUCGGAACCUGUGGAAAUGCAACUUACGUCAACUCUAUUGAUCUCAAUGCAGCCUUGGGUAAGAUUGGCGAUGCGUUGUCUUUAGACUGGUCCCAAUACUGUUCUGCUGGUGGACCAAUUGCAUUUGAGUUGUAA